AUGGUGCCAGCCGCCAGCAGCCAGCGUCCGACGCUCGCGUGCGAUGUGGCGCGCUUUGAUGUAUACUAUCCGGUCCCAACCGCUGCCGGCGCCGCCGCCGCGGCUGGAGUGGCGGUGGCAGAGGCACGCUGCGAGGUCAGUUGUGAGGAGCAGCCCAGUGGCGGCACGGCCUGUGUGGGCGGCGACUUCCUUGCAUUUGUGGGCGGCACCGGCUGGAAGCAGCGCGGCCCCUACCUGGCGGCCGGCCGCAUCAGCGACGAUGCCGGCGGUGCCUACCAUGGCGGCGGAGACAGCGACAGGGCAGGCGGCGGCGACAGGGCAGGCGACGACGACUGGCGAAACCGCCUGAGCUCACUGAUCACUGGCUUCUUUGAGAGAGGCUGCCGUGUGGCUUUGGACCCACCCCGCGGUCUGGUGUGGUCCGCUGGAGGGGAGUCACGCAUCAAGGCCUUUCGCAUCGGGGCCACGGGGCAGGGCGCCUGCCAGUUCACGCUGGAAAGCGCCCAAGCAGACCUGUUAGGCGUGCUGGGCGGCCGCGUGCUGUCUGCGCUUGACGACGGAUCGGUGGAGUAUUGGGACAUUGCCAGGCUGACGCCGCAGCGCCAGUGGAUCGAGGCAAUGGCGGUGCAUGAGCAGGAUGCAAAUGAGAUGGAGCGCGAAUACGGCUGCAAGGCGCUGGAUGGGAUUGACAACUCAAUGAAUGACGAUUUUGCAGAAGCUGAGGCGACGGCAGGCGAUCGGCCUCAUGGCAAGAUCCACCUUGUGGGGCAGGGAUCAGGCAGGUUAGGCCCUGUCACACAUCUGCUGGUGGUGGGGCCUGAGCUGGAGGGCGAUGCAGAGCCCCAGCAGGUGGUGGCAAGCUUUGAUAAGUCGGCCAGCCUGUGGGUGUUUGACUGGCCCACCGCUACACUGAGCGCGCUGCUGACUGGCCACGCUGGACUCGUCACCGAUGCCUCCACCUCGGCCGGCCUGCCGCACCUGGUGGCCGCAGGCUCAUACGACGGCACCGUACGUGUGUGGGACCUGCGCACCCACGCCUGCACGCAUGUGCUGGCCAGCAAGGGCUGCACCGGCGUGAGGGCAGUUGCGCUGGCAGAGGAUCAGGGCCAGCCCUUCUGUUUCUCCUUCGGCGGAAGCGACGAGGCCAUCUUGUGCUGGGACCUGCGCACGCGGCGCUGCCUGUACGAGCUCGCCACCGGCAACACCGAUGUCUGGCAUGCACCCAGCAGGAGCCUGUUUGCCAGCACGGAUUGCGACUACAUCGACAGGCAUGGAAAUGACUACGACUACGGCGCAAUGGCGGGCCUGCGUUGGCCGCACUGGGAUGCCGGUAGGCACCUGCUCAUCCUCUACGCUUUCAAGGACGUGCCAGACCGCACCGUGCUGCCGCCGCGCGCAGAGGAGGACAGCGAGUGCGAGUACAGCAGCAGCGGCGAGGAGGGCCAGGCGCUGCGGGAGACGUGGCAGCCGCGGGAGCGUGGCCACUACUGGUGA